AUUAGGGUGCAGUGACUACUGCUGGAUCAAGGUAUAGAGGUGUGAUGGCCCAGAAUGCAAUUCAUGGUCCCCACUCCCACCCACCAAUGCAAAUUGCUGUGGUGCUGACACACAGCUGCGGGGCUCUGGCAACCAAUCACAUUUUUUUCCCCUUUCUUGGCAGCGGCAACUCACUGCUUAUUUUCCCCUGUAUCUUUCUCUGAGACAGUGGAGGGACUGACUGUAAUGUGCUGCAGCCCAGUAAUAGAAUCCCCAAGUCCCCAUUUUGCUUACUGAUGCAGUGUUUUAGAGCCAGACUUAUUUUUGUUCCCCUUUUCUUUUACAGACUCUAGUUCUUUAUCCUUGAUUUAAUCUUGAGGCCACAGUGAAUUUUGCUUAUUAACUACAUUUUUCUGUUGAAUAGGAUUUGUAAUUUUCAGUGAUGUAAUACUUUGAAGAUUGGAAAUACUAGUCUCAAUACCAGUCUUCCUUCUUUGACCUCAUUCUUCCUUUCAGGGGAAUUCUAUUGGCUUGUGAUGGAUUUUGGCAUUAUUUGCUUCUUUGCAGAUGACGGAUGUUGGACUGUCUGGAGAAAACUUACGGUGGUUGGCGGGGUAUUUGGCGUGGUUUAGGACUCUGCAUGGUGUUUCCUUCUUGUGUGCCCUGGUAUGAUAUUCACUUUCACGAUAAGAAAAUUCUGUUACUAGAAGCAGGUCCAAAGAAAGUAUUGGAGAAAUUGCCAGAAACUUACAGCAACAGAGUCAGCUCCAUUUCCCCUGGCUCUGCAACCCUUCUCAGUAGUUUUGGUGCCUGGGACCACAUCUGCAACAUGAGAUACAAAGCCUUUCGGCGAAUGCAGGUGUGGGACGCCUGCUCAGAGGCCCUGGUGGUGUUUGACAAGGAUAACCUGGAUGACAUGGGCUAUGUCGUGGAGAAUGACGUCAUCAUGCAUGCUCUCACGCAGCAGCUGGAGGCUGUGUCAGACCGAGUGACUGUUCUUUACCAGAGCAAAGCAGUUGGCUAUACCUGGCCUGGUCCCUUUUCCAUGACAGACUCCAGCCCUUGGGUUCAUAUUACCCUAGGUGAUGGCAGCACCCUCCAGACCAAAUUGUUGAUUGGUGCAGAUGGUCACAACUCAAGAGUGCGGCAAGCUGCUGGAAUCCAGAAUAUUAGCUGGGACUACGACCAGUCUGCUGUUGUGGCUACUCUGCAUUUAUCAGAGGUCACAGAAAACAAUGUAGCUUGGCAGAGAUUUCUUCCCUCUGGGCCCAUCGCUCUGCUGCCGCUCUCAGACACCUUGAGUUCCUUGGUCUGGUCCACAUCCCACGAACAUGCCGCAGAGCUGGUCAGCAUGGAUGAGGAGCACUUUGUGGAUGCCAUUAACUCCGCCUUUUGGAGUGAUGCCAACCACACGGACUUCAUUGACUCGGCCAGCACCAUGCUGCACUAUGCUGUUGCCUUUCUGAAGCCCACUAAGGCCUCAGCACGCCAGCUGCCCCCAAGUGUAGCCAGGGUGGACGCCAAAAGCCGAGUACUGUUUCCUCUUGGGUUGGGACACGCUGCUGAGUACGUCCGGCCUCGGCUGGCGCUCAUCGGGGAUGCAGCCCACAGAGUCCAUCCACUUGCAGGACAAGGUGUCAACAUGGGCUUUGGGGAUAUCUCCAGCUUGGUCCAUCACCUCCGUACUGCAGCCUUCGAUGGGAAGGACUUAGGCUCCAUGAGCCACCUUACAGGUUAUGAGACAGACAGACAGCGUCACAACACUGCUCUUCUGGCUGCUAUUGACCUGCUAAAAAGGCUCUAUUCCACCAGUGCCACCCCGCUUGUGCUGCUCAGGACGUGGGGCUUGCAGGCCACGAAUGCAGUAUCUCCACUCAAAGAACAGAUUAUGGCCUUUGCAAGCAAAUGAAUGCUCCUCUUCUGCAGAUUAUGUUGAAGAAAACUGAACAACUUUUCCUAAGGCCAUCACAUAGUUUCAAGAUUUAAUAAAUUGAUUUUAUAUUAGCA